AUGGGAAAUUCAAACACAAAGGAAUCGCGGGGCGGCGACAGCGUCAAUCGCACUCCACAUGCUAGCGGCGCCGCGCACGAGUCAAACACUCUGCAAUCUGAGAGCAGAUCAAGUCGGAGGAAUCGAGUUAGUCGAGGCGAUAUUGGGGGCAUCAUAGGUCUUGGUUCGAGUGGGGGUUCGAACUCUCAUGCAGAGCCGCCAUACGAACGUCGCGAGACGAAACAGGAGCGGGAGGCACGUCGGUUAGAGAGGGAACGUGUCGCUCGUAUCGCCGAAAGGGAGCGGAGCAUGAAGGAAGAGCACGUCGAUGGUGGGUAUUUGGUCACAAUGGGAACCUAUACGAGCCCAGAGGACUUUAACAAGUUGAUCGUCCGGCAGCUCCAGCUCGAGCGCAAAAUUGCCCCUUUCUGGCGGGGCCUCAAUGACUUCGACGAUCAAUGGACCGAGCCACAAAUUAUCGCUGCUGUAAGGGGGCUGUCCGUUCCCUUAGCAGGUGAAACUCCCCCCGAGGGCCUCGUCCCGCAACCCCUCCCAGUGAAGUCAACCCCGGAGUCCACCCCCAAUAUCGACAACCUCACAAUACCAAUCGGUGAUCGGACACUCUCUACCGCCUCCGAUGCCGGGGCUUCCAAUCCCGCCUCAGCCCUGUCUUCGCCGGUUACCAGUCAAGCUCCACGAGCAAACUCUCCUCUUAAGCCUCGCGGGAAGGCUCUUGCCGCAGUGCUAGGCAGUGGAAGCUCCCGGAAUGGGUCUACUACUGAGAUCAUACCCCGCGAGAUUAACCUACCCCACGACCCCUUCGUAAACGGACAGCCCCUUGAAGUCUUCUUGUACAAAGACGCCACCGAAUGUCCGAUCUGUUUCUUGACGUACCCACCAUUCCUGAAUCAUACUCGAUGCUGCGACCAACCGAUCUGUAGCGAAUGCUUUGUCCAGAUCAAACGGCCGGAUCCUCAUUUCCCUGAAGGACACAACGAGAAUGACCCCAAUCAGAACCCUGAGGAGGCCGCGGGCCUUCUCGUUUCCGAGCCCGCUUGCUGCCCAUAUUGCACCCAGCCCGAUUUCGGUGUCACCUACGAACCGCCGUGUUUCCGACGAGGCUUGAUUUACGGCAUUUCUCCAGCGGCCUUGGGGGCCCCGAGCGCCGCUAUGUCCUCAAGUAGCUCUUUGAAUUCAUCCACCCUAUCUCCAGGAAGUGGGUCUCCCGGUAUCACGACGGGUCGCCGACGGAACCAAUCCGUCUCAGCCAACAGCCCUAGUGUCGUUCUGACAGACCGGAUCCGGCCGGAAUGGGCCACUAAGCUGCAGUCAGCGCGUGCUCACCUGGCAAGGCGGGCUGCCGCGGCCACGGCACUCCACACCGCCGCUUUCCUCAUGGGAGGUUCCGAAAACCGGGCGUUUCGCAGCCGGUUCAGUCGUAGGAACGGGAACAGUUCAAGUUCUGCAGGUGCGCCGCCUAGUGGGGCGAACCCCGGUGAUGGUGAGAACGGAGAUAGCGGAUCCGGAACCCCAUCGCAGAGUGGCCCCGAACAAAGCUCUCGGGGUGGGGCGGGCUGGGCCCGGUUUGGCGGGGGUGGUGGAAAUCGCCGUGACCGCCUUGAGGACCUCGAGGAGAUGAUGCUUGCCGAAGCGGUCCGCCUAUCCUUGGCCGCCGAAGAGGAGCGUAAGCGGAAGGCUGAGAAAGAAGAACGCAAGGAGGCGAAGAAGAAGGAGAAGGAGGAUCGCAAAGCGGCGAAGGUGGCUGCAAAGCACGGCGGGCCUUACGAGGGUGCCGCCAGUCGCAGCGGCCAGAGCUCGGUGAGCGGGAGCACGCUUAGCUUGCCUGGUUUGGGGUUUGGGAGGAAACGCGGCAAUAGUGCGGCCAGUAACCUCCGAAUCGAAGCCAGCGUUGCUAGUGCUAUUGCUACGGGCGAGGCCUCUUCCGACGCGACCAAGGACAAAGGGAAGGGCGUCGACCGCGCUGGUUCCACACAACCGGAGGGUACACCCUCCAGCUCUUCCAGCCAGGCUAUCCCCGCCCCGCGACCCAUCCCACAACUACCCGCCGGCCCGUCGCACCUUCGACAGAUGAGCAACGCCUCCUCGGUCUCUUCGUCAAUUCUCGAUAGCCAGCCUGGGAGUUACAGCUCGCCCUCACAUUUACAAGACCCCCGCAGCAGCGGCCUCAGCUUAGGUAGCCGGUCCGGGGCCAGCGAGGAUGACCAAGAUCGGGAUCGGGAUCCCAGCUCCAGCACGGAGCCAAUGUUCAACUUUCGGAGCCUAGCGGAGGUCGUUGGUGUCAGCCUGGAAGGGGAAAACGCCGGCAGACGCCUUAGCCUUAUUGAAGCCGAGAAGAGAGCCCGCGAGCUUACCAAGACGGAAUCCCAGGAAAACAUCGUGACCGGCGAGGGAGAGUUAGCUAAGCCCACAACGUCCACCGAUGAAGAAGGGAAGACAGAAGCAGCUUCAGACCCUCCACCUGUCCCUGUGGAAACAGCGCCGAACAGUGCCACAGAAGUGGGUGCCGAAGAAUCUAUCACUGAGGAUGCCGAACCCAAACAAGCCACCACAGCUGCGUCGGACUCGUUGUCACCACCUACCGUUACCGUUACCCCCGAUACACCUACUACAGCUGAUGGAGACGACGAGUCGAAGCGGCUGGGCAGCACCGCGGACUAA